CUGCUUACCCGUGCGUCUUUUGGUUGGUUUGCCCUUAUGAACUUUUUGAACAGCCGCGUUUCCAAAAGUGUCUGUCAACGUUGUACCACUUUCUUCACAUCACUUAGUACUUUCACAACGCUCAUGUCUUUAACCUUUAAGCGAAAGAAUGACGAGGAAGCCAGCAACCCACCGAAGAAACCUGCCUCUGCCUCAAGCCACUGGGCGAAUGGACUCCUGGGGGCGAUGAAUGACCCUAACCUAAGAAUUUAUACUGAUAGUCAGGUUGUUGUCAUUAAAGACAAAUAUCCGAAAGCACGAUUUCACUACCUUGUUUUGCCCAAAGAAUCUAUUUCAAGUUUGAAGGCAAUAAAUAGAGAUCAUCUUGAUCUUUUAGAACAUAUUCAUCAUGUUGCCUGUGACAUUGCUCAACAAGAAGAGCAUAAAAACAUUACAUUCAAAAUGGGCUAUCAUGCAGAGCCUAGUAUGAAUCAUUUGCAUUUGCACUUGAUAAGUGACGACUUUUGCUCAGAGUGCUUGAAAACCAAGAAGCACUACAAUUCAUUUACAACGGAUCAUUUUGUUGACUCUCUAAAACUGAUUGAGUCAGUGAAGAAAACGGGAAAAGCAAUCACUGUCUCACAUGCUGAAGCUGAAAAACUCUUAAAGAAAUCUUUGGUGUGUUUCAAGUGCGGUGAAGAAAUAAGCAACAUGCCCAAGUUAAAACAGCACCUAGCCCGCCAUGCUAGCCGUGCUGAUGAUUAAAGGACUUGUGGUUCAGACCUUUGUGAUCCUUUUAAAUUUUUCAAUUACAGAAAAUUGAAAUUUUUUUUUAAUA